GGCCGGGCAGCGCAGGGCGAAAGGAGGCUGUAUCCUCAGCCUCCUCCCUCGGCACGCGCUUCCCAUCCUGACGUGGACAGAGAGCCUAGGAGAGCUCGGGGCGUGUCCAAACUGCCGCGCCGCCCCGCCCCGGGCUUAUCUUCCUCCCUCCGCUUCGCCUUCCGCGGUAUCUAGCAUUUCGGUUCCUGGAAAGGUUACCGGAGCUGCGGUUGGGGCUCGGACCAAAGUUGAGUCCUCGAAAGGGAGCCUGGAGAGCCGCGGUGCUGGGAGGCCCGGCCAGCUCGAUCGCAGGCUUCCGUCUGGCGGCCAACCGGGUCUCACCCAGGCUGGAGUGCGGUGGUGUGAUCCUGGCUCACUGCAUCCUCUGCCUCCUAGGCUCAAGCAGUCCUUCCGCCAUAGCCUCCCGAGUAGGUGGGACUACACAGGCACACACCACCACGCCCGGAUGCUCGUUUGCUACUGAUGGGUGUGAGCAAGUUAGAUAUUUUAUACCGGAGACUUCUCCUAACAAAACUUUUUAUCAGAGGAUGGGGAAGGCCAGAAGAUCUCAAAAGACUCUUUGAAUUCAGAAAGAUGAUUGGAAAUCGGGAAAGAUGCCAGAAUCUUGUUUCAAGCGAUUACCCAGUACACAUUGAUAAGAUUGAAGAGCAAUCAGAUUGUAAGAUCUUAGAUGGACACUUUGUUUCCCCCAUGGCUCACUAUGUGCCUGAUAUCAUGCCAGUUGAAUCUGUUAUUGCAAGGUUCCAAUUUAUUGUGCCUAAAGAAUGGAACAGCAAAUAUAGACCUGUAUGCAUUCAUCUUGCUGGAACAGGAGAUCAUCAUUACUGGAGGCGACGAACACUAAUGGCCCGUCCUAUGAUUAAAGAAGCCCGAAUGGCUUCUUUAUUGUUAGAAAACCCUUAUUAUAUCGUCAGACUAUUCACAGAAGAAAUGAAACUGAUGCACAGAUAUAAAGAAAUGUUCAACGUUGCUGGAAACCCAAGGACCAAGUACGGAGUCAUUCUGUUGCCCAGGCUGGAGUGCACUGGUGCGAUCUCAGCUCACUGGAACCUCUGCCUCCUGGGUUCAAGCGAUUCUCCUGCCUCAGCCUCCCAAGUAGCUGGAAUUACAGGCAUGCACCACCACACUUGGCUAAGUUUUGUAUGUUUAGUAGAGAUGGGCUUUCCCCAUGUUGGUCAGGCUGGUCUCAAACUCCUGACCUCAAGUGAUCCACCCACCUUGGCCGCCCAAAGUGCUGGGAUUAUAGGCGUGAGCCACCGUGCCCAGCCAACCUUUUCUUUUUUAAGAAGGUCCAGCUUAAAAAAUGUGUCCGACCUUUUUGUGAUGGGAGGAGCUCUUGUUUUAGAAUCUGCAGCUCUCUUGCACUGGCUAGAGAGGGAAGGUUACGGCCCAUUAGGAAUGACUGGAAUAUCCAUGGGAGGACAUAUGGCUUCCUUAGCGGUAUCCAACUGGCCUAAGCCCAUGCCAUUGAUUCCAUGCCUGUCUUGGUCCACAGCAUCUGGGGUCUUCACUACGGGUGUGUUGAGUAAAUCAAUUAAUUGGAGGGAGCUGGAAAAGCAAUAUUAUACCCAGACAGUUUAUGAAGAAGAAAUUAUUCACAUGCUUGAAUACUGUGGAAGAUGGGAUUUCACAAUGUUGCCUAGGCUUGUUUCAAACUCCUGGGCUAAAGCAAUCUGCCUGCCUCAGCCUCCCAGAGUGCUGGGAUUACAGACAGAUUCUUUCAAAAUGGGACAAGAGUUUGUGAAACACUUCACUAGCAAUGCGGACAAGCUAACUAACCUUAAUCUGGUUUCCAGAACUUUAAAUUUAGAUAUAUCAAACCAAGUUGUAUCCCAAAAACAUGCUGACUGCCAUAAUUCUAGUAAAACAUCUGUCAGCGCAACAUCAGAAGGACUCUUAUUGCAAGAUACCUCUAAGAUGAAGCGCUUCAAUCAAACACUUUCAACCAACAAAAGUAGUUAUAUAAGUCGCAACCCUCAGUCAUACCACCUACUUAGUAAAGAACAAAGAAGAAACGGUCUUCGGAAAGAAUCUUUAAUAUUUAUGAAAGGAGUCAUGGAUGAAUGUACUCAUGUAGCAAAUUUCUCAGUCCCAGUUGAUCCAAGCCUCAUUAUAGUGGUUCAAGCCAAAGAAGAUGCCUAUAUUCCACGAACAGGAGUUCGAAGUUUACAAGAAAUUUGGCCUGGUUGUGAAAUCCGAUACUUAGAAGGAGGUCAUAUUAGUGCUUAUCUUUUUAAACAAGGACUCUUCAGACAAGCCAUCUAUGAUGCAUUUGACCGCUUCCUCCAUAAAUACGCUAACUAAUUGGAUUAUUACAUGUAACCAGUAUGGCCAUGAUGUUUCUUACAAAAGGGAGCUUCAUCCUGUGAUCAUGUGAAGGACAAGCAGAUAGCACUAAUAUAUCUAAUCGCUAUCAAUGUAGUCUGGAAUUCAUUGUUACACAUCAGUUAACUGUAAACUUCGAAUACAUUUGAAUAAUUUCAAGAUAAUAUUUGAAGUAAAUAAUGUUAAAGUGUUUUUAUUAUUGUUUAUUGGAAUCCCAUAUACUCAAUGUUUAGUCUGUUGUUACUAUUUAUGAAAAACUAAAUUUUUAAUCAUGAAUAAUUUAUUAAAUUAAAUAAAUUUAUUCAUAGAAACUUUUCUGGGUUUUAGUAAAAUUGCUAAAUCAAACCAAGAUUUUAAUAUAUCAGCAUUUACUUUGUACCCUUAUAACAUUUCACUAUUGAUUUGAGAAACAUGUUUAUUUUUUGAAUGUUCUUGUGUUCAACGAAUUUUCUGCUGUGGAAAUAAAUACUUAUGAUAUAUAAAAUCAGUGUUAACUUUGAAUUCUAAAAUAUCCUGAUAGCUUCAUAGAUAAGUGCUUUUCUUUUUCUUUUUUUUUCUUUUAACAUGUACCUCUACUUGAAUGUAAGUGCUUUUAAUAAUCAAAGUGAGUGGCAGGGUGCGGUGGCUCACACCUGUAAUCCCAGCACUGGGAGGCUGAGGUGGGCAGAUUACCUGAGGUCGGGAGUUCAAGACCAGCCUGACCAAUAUGGAGAAACCCCCCUCCCCCCGCCGACUACAAAUAGAAAAAAUUAGCCAAGCAUGGUGGUGCAUGCCUAUAAUCCGAGAUACUCAGGAGGCAGAGGCAGGAGAAUCGCUUGAACCGGGGAGGCAGAGGUUGUGGUGAUCCGAGAUCACACCAUUGUACUCCAGCCUGGGCAGCAAGAGUGAAACUCCGUCUCAAAAUAAUAAUAAUAAUAAUCAAAAUGAGUGUUCUGCAGAUAAAAUGCAUUAGACUUUGCUAGACUGAAACUUUACUAAAGAUUAGGGUUUUUAAAAAAUGCCAAUAGGCCAUGUGCGGUGGCUCACGCCUGUAAUCCCAGCACUUUGGGAGGCUGAGGCGGGCGGAUCACAAAGUCAGGAGUUUAAGACCAGCCUAGCCAACAUGGUGAAACCCCAUGUCUACUAAAAGUACAAAAAAAUUAGCCGGGCAUUGUGGCGUGUGCCUGUAAUCCCAGCUACUCAGGAGGCUGAGGCAGGAGAAUUGGUUGAACCCAGGAGGCGGAGGUUGCACUGAGCUGAGAUCGCACCACUGCACUCCAGCCUGGGCAACAGAGCAAAACUCCAUCUCAAAAAAAAAAAAACAAAACAAAACAUUAGCUGGGCAUGGUGGCAGGCACCUGUAAUCCCAGCUACUCGGGAGGCUGAGGCAGGAGAAUUGCUUGAACCCGGGAGGCAGAAGUUGCAGUGAGUGGAGAUCACACCACUGCACUCCAGCCUAGGAGACAGAGCAAGACUCUGUCUCAAAACAAAACAAAAUGCCAAACUUAUUUCUCCCUACUAAAAAGUUUCAAUUCACAAAAAUGGAAACAUUGGAAGACCUGUUGCAUUAACUGAUGGAGUGCAGUGGCAUGAUGUUGGCUCACUGCAACCUCCGCCUCCCAGGUUCAAGCGGUUCUCCUGCCUCCACCUGAGUAGCUGAGAUUACAGGUGCCCGCCACCAUGCCUGGCUAAUUUUUGUAUUUUUAAUAGACACGAGGUUUCGCCAUGUUGGUGAUGCUGGUCUCGAAUUCCUGACCUCAAGUGAUAUGCCUGCCUUGGCCUCUCAAAGUGCUGGGAUUAUAGGCGUGAGCCACCACACCCGACCUGACAUUUUAUUUUUAUUUUUUUAAUUACAUUUUUUUAUAUGCUUACUCUUUGGAUUGCUAACCAUCUAACUACCCAAAUACUUAACAGCUUUGGCUUUUAAUUUCAGAAUUUAAUAGACACAUAUGCAAUUGAUUUGUCCCAUAUAAACUUUAUUUUACAGAAAAUAUUUAAAGUUUUAUGUAAUAGCUAUUAACUCUCUUAAAUGGGGGGUUAUAUGGCUAGAUUUGGUGCUUUCUUUUUAUGUUAAACUUCUCUAGCUGUCAGCUAAAAUGUUAAAAAAGUAGAAGAUAUUUUAGGGUAUUGUGUGAAGUUUUACAGUAGGUAUAUUUGAGUUUUGUUUGAAAUCUGCGUUGUCUGUGAAUUAUUUUUAAAUAGGUAUUCUUAGUCUACUAACGAUAUUUGAAUUAUAAUGUGCCUUUGCAGUCUUUUUAAAGGAGAUUUCAUUUGUCACCUCUAAUGCUUCUAUCAUCUUAAUUUUUUACAAAUAUUUAAAAAUUAUUAAUGUGAAGUUAUUGAUGGUAGACAAAGUAGUAACUUCUUUCAAACUACUUUGGCACAACAAGCCAACACUGUACAGCUCUUUGAGCUAUAAGCAAUUUUACAUGUUCAGAUGAGAACCUUUAGUUUUAACCAAAAGUAUAACAUCUACUAAAGUUCUUCCACAAAAUACUUUUUAAAAUAAAACUUGUCAACUGAAUUGUGAUUUUCUUAUAUUAUGUAUAUAGUGAGGUUAUAUGAUUGAAUGCUUUUUGAACAAUAGUUUUAGGAAAACCAAUACUUUAUUAUUGUUCACAUAAACAUUUCUUACUAAGCAAUAAUGUACUAUGUUGUGUGAAUUUCUAUUGUUAAAAAAAUGAAAUUUUGAUUUAGUUUUAAUUAAUUCUUACGCAUAACUAACUUUUCCAAAUAAAGUGUGAAAGAAAGUAUUUUUAAAAUUUCAUCUCUUAGCCAGAUGUUUUAAGAAUAUAUCCCUAGGUUGGCCGGGCGCGGUGGCUCACGCUUGUAAUCCCAGCACUUUGGGAAGCCGAGGCGGGCGGAUCACGAGGUCAGGAGAUCGAGACCACGGUGAAACGCCGUCUCUACUAAAAAUACAAAAAAAAAUUAGCCGGGCAUGGUGGCGGGCGCCUGUAGUCCCAGCUACUUAGAGAGGCUGAGGCAGGAGAAUGGCGUGAACCUGGGAGGCGGAGCUUGCAGUGAGCCGAGAUCGCGCCACUGCACUCCAGCCUGGGUGACAGAGCGAGACUCUGUCUCAAAAAAAAAAAAAAAAAGAA